UCGCAGGUCUCCACGAUGGCAGAGCGCAGGGUAAAAGCGGGCAAAGCCGGGGAGGAGGAGGAGGAGGAAGACUUCCCGGUGUAUUUGGCACGGCCUGGCACGGCUGACCAGGUGGCCCGGCAGAAACGCGGCGGUUUGUUUUGCAGCGUCGAGGACGCGUUUGAGAGCAAAACCCUGGACUUUGACGCGCUGAGCGUCGGUCAGAGAGGCUCCGUGCGCACUCCGACCACCGGGAAGCGAGGCGGCGGUCAGGAGGUGCCCCGGAGCCCGGCCACAGUGAGCGACAGCGGGAGCUCCGCCGGUGUGGAGAGCGGGCGAGGAGGCAAAGACUCAGCAUCAUCACCCAGAAGCAGCGGCGCUAAAGAAGUGCUGCAGAACCUGGAGGAGGAGGAGAAGAGCGAUCGGCUUCUGAUCAAAGGCGGGCGGAUCGUGAACGAUGACCAGUCCUUUCACGCCGACAUCUACAUGGAGGAUGGCCUCAUUAAGCAGAUCGGAGACAACCUGAUUGUGCCUGGUGGCGUGAAGGUCAUCGAGGCCCAGGGAAAGAUGGUGAUCCCGGGUGGCAUCGACAUCCACACCCACUUCCAGAUGCCUUACCGUGGAACCACGACCGUGGACGACUUCGCUCAGGGAUCCAAGGCUGCCCUCGCCGGGGGAACAACGAUGGUCGUGGACCACGUGAUCCCCGACCCCGGGAACAGUCUGCUGGAGGCGUACGACCAGUGGAGGCAGUGGGCUGACGAGAAGGCGUGCUGCGACUACUCGCUCCACGUGGACAUCACCCACUGGAGUGACAGCGUACAGCAGGAGCUGGAGUGUCUCAUCAAGGAGAAAGGUGUGAACUCGUUCCAGGUCUACAUGGCUUACAAGGACUACUAUCAGAUGACCAACAGUGAGCUCUACGAGGUCUUCACCUUCUUGGCAGAGAGGGGCGGCAUCGCUCAGGUCCAUGCUGAAAAUGGCGAGAUCAUUGCUGAGGAGCAGGCGCGCAUGCUGCAGAUGGGUAUCACUGGACCAGAGGGACACGUGCUCAGCAGGCCAGAGGAGCUGGAGGCAGAGGCCGUGUUCCGUGCCAUCACCAUCGCCAGCCAAACCAACUGUCCUCUCUAUGUGACCCGAGUCAUGAGCAAGAGCGCUGCAGACAUUAUCUCACAGGCUCGCAAGAAAGGAAAUGUUGUGUUUGGGGAGCCAAUCACAGCCAGCCUGGGGACGGAUGGGACACAUUACUGGAGCAAGAACUGGGCCAAGGCAGCUUCUUUUGUAACAUCACCUCCUCUCAGCCCUGAUCCCACCACUCCAGACUAUCUGAACACACUGCUGUCAAGUGGAGACUUGAGCGUGACUGGCAGUGCUCACUGUACAUUCAGCGUGGCCCAGAAGGCCAUUGGCAAGGACGACUUCACUCAGAUUCCGGAGGGUGUCAACGGAGUGGAGGAGCGAAUGGCUCUCAUCUGGGAUAAAGCUGUGACUUCCGGUAAGAUGGACGAAAACAUGUUCGUGGCCGUGACCAGCACGAAUGCGGCUAAGAUCCUGAACCUGUACCCUCGAAAGGGCCGGAUUGCUGUCGGCUCUGAUGCAGACCUGGUCAUCUGGGACACAGACUCCAUCCGCACCAUCACUGCCAAGACUCACAACUCGGCGGCCGAGUACAACAUCUUUGAGGGCAUGGAGCUGCGCGGAGCCCCACUGGUGGUGAUCUGCCAGGGGAAGAUUGUUCUGGAAGACGGAAACCUGCACGCCACCUCUGGCGUGGGCCGCUUCAUUCCCUGCUCUGCCUUCCCUGACUUUGCCUACAAGCGCGUUAAAGCCAGGAAGCAGCUGGCCGUCCUGAAGGCCGUGCCCAGAGGGAUGUACGACGGCCCGGUGUCCGAGUACUCCAUGUCGCGCGGCGGCACGCCCUCCGCGUCGGCGCGCACCUCCCCGACCAAACAGCCCGUCAGAAACCUGCAUCAGUCUGGAUUUAGUCUAGCAGGUAACCCUGCAGCAUGCGGUCCCCCCGCCCCAGACGACAUCCCCAUCAGGCCUGCUGGCCGGCGUAUUGUAGUGCCCCCCGGUGGUCGUUCCAACAUCACAUCCCUCAGUUAAACAGCAGCAGGAGAAGGAGGAGGAGGAGGAGGAGGAGGGGACGCAUUCCAGAAAACGGCAGCAGCAAGAGUGCAGGAGGGAAGGAGGGAGGGAGUGAGGGAGGGAGGAGGAGAUGCAGAGGACCAUGAUUAGUUAAAUGUUAAAAGAGCAACACACUGAAUCCUCAUGCCUUACCUGCCGCAAUGCUACCUUGCUCAGAAGAGAACAGUAUCCCUUUUCCUGGGGGAAUUUUGGGAAUCUUUAAAGUGGGUCUUUGGAUUUGGCUACUUAUAGGAUUGAAGUUUCCGCCAAAGCACAAAACACAUAAUCCACGUAAUCCACAUAAUCCACGUCCAUGAAUCAACAGAAAACAUGUCCGGUUGGUGCUUUGGUGAAUUGAAAACACUUCAUAACAUCACGACACGUUGUUUCCUCGUAGGAAAAUGGAUACCACUUGUUUCUCGGAUUGAUGCGAUGGUUCUUCUUUCAUCCUGUUUGGCUUUUCAGUGUCACCCCCCCCUACUUCACCUUUGCUUUAUCCAAAAACAUAACACUAGAACCCCCCCACAUUAGUAAAUGAACACAUGAUCACGCAGUACCAUUCAUUAGCUCUAGGUGGCAUUGUAUAUACACUUGAUGUGAUGUACUGUAGCUUUGUGAAUGAUGUUGUUUCAGCAAGUUACUGGACCAAGUAAAAAGUGUUUUUAUUGUUUAUUUGGUUUAUAUUUUUUUUAAAUCUUAGAGCAGGAGCGCGGUCGGACAUGGAGCUGCAUGGGCCACAUUAACUCGGGCGACGUGAUCCAUGAUCCUUUUCAGCCUCCUCUAAAGGUGCUGAUGAGUUCAUGUCUCCCUUUUUAUGUAAUUAUUGAUGUUUAAAAAAAAAAUAAUAAUAAUCUGCUCUAGAAAUUAUUUUGUGAUGUCAAAAACUGAAAAAAAACGAACUAAAAGAGGGUUUUUACGAUUCCUUAUCUCAGAUACUUGCAUCUCGUCAUGGCUGUUUAAAAGAAAUCCCUCCUCUUACAUUUGCAUCUAGCUUAUUGCCUGCUUCUGUCGCCCUGACGUAAUUUUAUGCAACAACAGCAACAACAGAGGGAGAAAAAAAAGGAACAUUGUGAAGCGGAGAUUCACAUUUAAGAGCAACUCCAGAUGCAAUGAAACAAGUUUAAAAUAAAAAUAAAAAAACCUGCUUUCACAUAACAGCACCUCAACUCUGACUUUAACUUUUUAUACCUGACAAACUGGCCUUUAUGUUUUUAUUUAGAACAAGAGAAAGACCAUCAUUUCCUUGUCAUUCGAGCAAAUCCCUCUGAUGUAUUAUCAUACCUGACCAAUAUUCAACAUCAGCCUGAAUAUGACAUAAAAACACGCUGGAUCUGAUGAUGUCAGGGGGUCAUGUAGCUCUUUUCUUCUUCUUCUUCUUCUUCUUUACAUCUCUGCUGUUUCCUGGCAGAGGCAGAGGAUUGCAGUGCAGUCAAGGUUGAGCCGAUAUUUUGUGUCAUCGAUCUCACUGUGGAGGGAAAGGAAAGGAAAGAGAUGGCACUUUUAUUUGGCAGUUUGACCGAGGCAGGCCCAUGUGAUGGAUUGUUGUAUUUAUGUUACGUUUGACAACCUUUUAUUAUUGUUUUUAUGUUGUUUCUUUUUUCUUUUCUUUUUUUUAACUGUUACGUCAAACCCAGAGAUGGCAGGUCAAAUUAAGGUGUGUUGUGGAAGGUAUGAUUUUGUUCCCAGAAUAAACAUGAAUUGCAACUGA